AUGCAGAGCAAUAUGCAGGGCUGUGUGGUGGGGAGUUGGGCUCCCUUGGGCCUGCUCCUGGUCUGUCUUCAUCUCCCAGGCCUCUUUGCACGGAGCAUCGCUGUGAUGGAGGAGAAAGUUCCCCAAGACUUGGGGAUCAACUUGUCUCUGCUCAGACAACCUUCCCUGACCAGCCACUCCAACUCCCAACAGCCUCAGCCCAGACCAGACCCUGGGCCUAAUAAUUUAGCAAGGGUUCCUCUGAAGCCCAAUGCUUCCCCAUCAUACAGCUCUCAACCUGCAGGAGGUUCUGGGGUGCAGAGGUGGUCCCCAUCGCCCUCCGUGGAUUCCUGGCCCUGGGAGGACCUUUGGCAGAUGAUGGCUGCUGCGGCUGAGGACCAUGAGGGGGAAAUGCUGCCUGAAGAACUGUCUUACCUUUCUAGGGUGUUUGCCCUCCCUCCUGGCAGCGGUCCUUUGCCUGCAGGGCCAGCUGCACACUCCCCAGGCUCCUCACCUAAGGCUCCACUCCUCCAACAGGACUCUGAGUCUAGACAGCCACCCCGUUCUAAUGCACUGGGAGCCCAGGGAGGAAUCUUUGCCCAACACCCACUGUGGUCUUCCAUCAACAGGAUUCGACGGCCACUUCUGCCGGGUCACCCCUGGGGGACCCUGAAUCCCAGUGUGUCCUGGGGAGGCGGAGGUCCUGGAACUGGAUGGGGAACAAGGCCCAUGCCAGACUCUGUGGGAAUCUGGGGUCACAGUAAUCAAUACCCAAGUACCAGUUGGGGGAAUAUUAAUCGGUAUCCAGGUCCCAGCUGGGGGAAUGUUAAUCGGUAUCCAGGUUCUAGCUGGGGGAAUAUUCAUCUACACCCAGCUAUUAGUCAACUUCCUCCCAGAGUUCUCCAUCCUCCUGGGUCUACAUGGAACCUCCCAGCUGGCUUCCCCAAUCCUCAAAACCCUGGGUCACAGUGGAGUUAGGGGAAUGACAGAGUGGGAGAAAACCCUACGGUAGAAGUCCGAGAAGGGAGUCCUGCUCCCUCCUCUUGCAGUGUGAGCGAA